GAGUCAAUCGCCUUCCCUAGUCCUCUCUUGAAGCUGCACACAGUAACCACCCUCUCUCUCUCUAUAUAUAUUCUGCCUUUUAUCCAGAGAGCCAGGAUCCGUCGGUGUCUCACUCGCUAGCACUACAUCCGAUCAUCGCCGGUGAUUCGUGUUGCUUUCAGCCUAGUUCAAUCUCGGAAGCGAUGGAUCAGUACGAGAAAGUUGAGAAGAUCGGUGAAGGAACUUACGGUGUUGUGUACAAGGCACGAGACAAAGUCACCAACGAGACUAUCGCUUUGAAGAAGAUCCGCCUCGAGCAGGAGGAUGAAGGUGUCCCCAGCACCGCCAUUAGAGAAAUCUCUCUUUUGAAAGAAAUGCAGCACAGCAACAUUGUCAAGUUGCAGGAUGUAGUGCACAGCGAGAAGCGUUUGUAUCUGGUUUUCGAGUAUCUUGACUUGGAUCUCAAAAAGCACAUGGACUCUUCUCCUGAUUUCUCCAAGGAUCUUCAUAUGAUCAAAAGGUAUGUUUACCAGAUUCUCCGUGGAAUAGCGUAUUGCCACUCUCACAGGGUUCUCCACCGUGACCUGAAGCCACAGAAUCUGUUGAUUGAUCGCCGCACCAACUCACUUAAGCUUGCAGAUUUUGGACUGGCCAGAGCAUUCGGUAUCCCUGUCAGGACAUUUACUCAUGAGGUGGUUACUCUCUGGUACCGAGCACCAGAGAUACUCCUAGGGUCUCAUCACUACUCUACACCGGUUGAUAUUUGGUCUGUGGGAUGCAUAUUUGCGGAGAUGAUAACCCAAAAGCCCUUGUUUCCUGGAGACUCCGAGAUUGAUCAACUCUUCAAGAUAUUCAGAAUCAUGGGAACUCCAACUGAGGAUACAUGGCCAGGGGUAACUUCGCUUCCUGAUUAUAAAUCUGCUUUCCCAAAAUGGAAACCAACGGACUUGGAAUCUUUUGUCCCAAACCUUGAUCCUAAUGGCAUAGAUCUCCUUUCUAAAAUGCUGUUGAUGGAUCCAAGCAAAAGAAUCAACGCAAGAGCUGCCCUGGAGCAUGAUUACUUCAAGGAUCUUGGCGUCAUCCCGUAGAGAAUGCGUCAAAACCAGUAAUCUCCUACAUUCUCUCUAUAUAUAAGUAUCUCGAUAUCUUUCAUCCUUAAGAAAACGAGGUAAAAUACAUCAAUGGCUUUUGUUUAUUCUUUUUUUUUCUUUUCUUCUGAGUUUGUUAUUCUCUGAUACGAAAACAGGAAUGAUUUUAGAGUGUGGUUUGUUUAUUUCUUCUAAGCUUUUGAGAUCAUUUUUCUUGUGUAUCUUUCUACCAAGUUCAGUAUUAUAUGGUUUUAUUUUGCAGAAUAUCA